GCUUGGCCGGAUAAUCCUAGCAGUGACUCAGACGCGACCUAGAUGUGUGACUCCAAUUCUUGCUUUUCCCACGCCCUCCGAAAAGGAGAAGGGCAUCAGUAUAAGUUUGGAACCAAAAUACAGCAGAAAAAAAAAAAAUAUUCUGAAGCCACACGGAUGGUUAGAAGUACUUGCGGUUUGGUAGAGAGCCACCAUGGAAACUAAAGACCAGAAGAAACACAGAAAGAAAAACAGUGGGCCCAAAGCUGAGAAGAAAAAGAAACGACAUCUGCAAGCUCUCCAGCUCGGAGAUGAGGAAGAUGCCCGGAAGAGAAACCCCAAAGCUUUUGCCGUCCAGUCUGCUGUGCGGAUGGCGCGAUCCUUUCACAGGACUCAGGAUUUGAAGACAAAAAAGCAUCACAUUCCAGUGGUUGAUCGAACUCCACUAGAGCCCCCGCCAAUAGUGGUGGUGGUGAUGGGGCCUCCAAAAGUUGGAAAGAGCACUUUGAUCCAGUGCCUCAUUCGGAACUUCACUAGGCAAAAGCUGACAGAGAUUAGAGGCCCUGUAACAAUUGUGUCAGGUAAAAAGCGCAGACUCACCAUUAUUGAAUGUGGGUGUGACAUUAACAUGAUGAUUGAUCUGGCUAAAGUAGCAGAUCUGGUUUUGAUGCUUAUAGAUGCCAGCUUUGGAUUUGAAAUGGAAACAUUUGAAUUUCUAAACAUCUGUCAAGUACAUGGCUUUCCUAAAAUUAUGGGUGUUCUCACUCACCUAGAUUCCUUCAAAUAUAAUAAGCAACUGAAGAAGACAAAGAAGCGAUUAAAACACAGGUUCUGGACGGAAGUCUACCCGGGUGCCAAGCUGUUCUUCCUUUCUGGAAUGGUACAUGGAGAAUAUCAAAACCAAGAAAUUCACAAUCUGGGCCGUUUUAUUACAGUUAUGAAGUUUAGGCCUCUUACAUGGCAAACCUCUCACCCUUAUAUCCUGGCAGACAGGAUGGAAGAUAUGACAAACCCUGAAGAUAUCCGAACAAAUAUCAAGUGUGACCGAAAGGUGUCUCUUUAUGGUUAUUUGAGAGGAGCACACUUGAAAAAUAAAAGCCAAGUUCACAUGCCAGGUGUAGGAGAUUUUGCUGUGAGUGACAUCAUUUUCCUCCCAGACCCCUGUGCACUUCCUGAGCAACAGAAGAAGCGCUGUUUAAAUGAGAAGGAGAAGUUGGUUUAUGCACCUCUCUCUGGAGUUGGUGGUGUGCUGUAUGACAAAGAUGCUGUCUAUGUUGACCUUGGUGGCAGCCAUGGCUUCCAAGAACCGGAUGAGGUGAGGCCCACCCAUGAACUGGUCCAGAGUCUCAUUUCCACCCAUUCCACUAUUGAUGCCAAGAUGGCUUCAAGUAGGGUGACACUUUUUUCUGAUUCUAAACCACUGGGCUCAGAGGACAUAGACAAUCCAGGGCUCUGGAAGCCAAAAGAGGAAAAGCAGAUGGACCUGAAAACUGGUCGAGUGCGUCGGAGAGCCAUUUUUGGAGAUGAAGAAGAUGAGUCUGGAGAUAGUGAUGAUGAAGACGAAGAAGAAGUGUCUGAAGGUUACAGGUUGGAAAGUAGUGCUAGUGAUGAUGAGACCGAAGAGGAGGAAGAUGCUGGAAUGACUGAGGAAGUGUAUCUGACUGGGCAAAGUGUCAGACGCCAGAAGCUGGAGGAGAUGGAAGAGGACGUUGAGGUGGAUUCGCCAGCCUUUGCUGAUAGUGACGACGACCUUGAGAGGAGCUCACAGGAAGAAGGAGAAGGGGAGGAAGCCGAUGAAAGCAGUGAAGAAGAGGAUUCUGCUGCAGAAGGGGAAAGGGAUGUUUUGGAAUCAGAGGCUGUUGGAGAAGAUGGGAAACCAAGACUUUUACAGACUAAUGGUUUGAGUGACAGUUUGAGUCUGGAGAAGUCUUUGACAAUCAAAAAAGCAAUCCUCACCACUUCAGAUUCAGGUCAUUGCAAAGCUGAAGAGGCACUUGCUUCCAAAGAUGAAUCUGAAGAAAGCUUCUCUCUCAGUACAGAGGAAGAGGAUUCCAGGAAAGAAGACGUUAUUAGGAAAAAGUUUCCAAAGACUUCUCAAGUGGUCAGUGGCUGGAAACGGGGGUCAGAGAACUCAAUUGAUGAGACCAGUGAUGUGGAAGACUUACUCAAAGAGGAGGAGGAUUACAAGGAAGAGAGCAGCUAUUCCACAGAAACGUCAGGCGCCCUCAGGUGGAAGGAAGAACUUUCCCGGAAGGCAGCUGAGGCCUUUCUGAGGCAGCAGCAAGCAACUCCCAACCUUCGAAGGCUCAUUUAUGGGGCAGUGACAGAGGACAAUGAAGAAGACGACGGUGAUACCAGGGAAGAGCUUGGAGGGUUAUUCCGUGUCAGCCAGCCUGCCAGAGAGUGUAAGCACAAGGCUGACUCUUUGGACUGCUCCAGGUUUCACGUGGAGGUGCCCCAUGAUUGGGAUUUAGAGGAGGUUAUGAGCAGCAUCAGAGAUUGCUUCGUGACUGGGAAGUGGGAAGAUGAUAAAGAUGCUGCCAAGAUCUUAGCAGAGGAUGAGGAGCUCUAUGGUGACUUUGAAGACCUGGAAACAGGGGACAUGCACAAGGGUGAAUCAGGCCCGGAUACCCAGAUUGAAGAUGUGGAGGAAGACAUUAAGGAAGAAAUUGAUCCUAACACAGAGGAAAGUGCCAAGAAAAAGCAUUUGGAGAAGAAAAGAAAAUUGAAGGAGAUGUUUGAUGCAGAAUAUGAUGAAGGAGAAAGCACGUAUUUCGAUGAUCUUAAGGGAGAAAUGCAAAAACAAGCACAGCUUAACCGGGCAGAAUUUGAAGAUCAAGAUGAUGAAGCCAGAGUCCAAUAUGAGGGUUUUCGACCUGGGAUGUAUGUCCGAAUUGAGAUAAAAAAUGUCCCCUGUGAAUUUGUGCUUAACUUUGACCCCCACUACCCAAUAAUUUUGGGUGGUUUGGGCAAUAGCGAAGGCAAUGUCGGCUAUGUACAGAUGCGUCUGAAGAAACAUCGCUGGUAUAAGAAAAUCCUCAAGUCUCGAGACCCAGUCAUCUUUUCUGUAGGGUGGAGGAGGUUUCAGACCAUCCCACUCUAUUAUAUUGAAGACCACAACGGAAGGCAGAGACUUCUGAAGUACACCCCACAGCACAUGCAUUGUGGGGCCACCUUGUGGGGUCCUAUCACUCCACAGGGAACUGGGUUCUUGGCAAUACAGUCUGUCAGUGGCAUAAUGCCUGAUUUUCGGAUAGCUGCCACGGGAGUUGUCCUUGAUCUGGAUAAAUCCAUAAAAAUUGUGAAGAAAUUAAAGCUAACUGGUUUUCCAUAUAAAAUUUUCAAGAAUACUUCAUUCAUUAAGGGAAUGUUUAAUUCUGCCUUGGAAGUGGCCAAAUUUGAAGGUGCUGUGAUUCGGACUGUCAGUGGAAUAAGGGGACAGAUCAAGAAAGCACUCCGGGCUCCAGAAGGAGCUUUCCGGGCCAGCUUUGAGGAUAAGUUGCUGAUGAGUGAUAUCGUCUUCAUGAGAACUUGGUAUCCUGUCUCCAUUCCAGCCUUCUAUAAUCCAGUAACAUCCUUGUUGAGACCAAUUGGUGAGAAAGACACCUGGUCAGGAAUGCGGACAACUGGUCAACUCCGGCUUGCCCAUGGUGUCAAACUUAAGCCCAACAAGGACUCUCUCUAUAAGCCAAUCAUGAGGCAAAAGAAACAUUUUAAUUCACUACACAUUCCAAAAGCCUUGCAGAAAGCCCUGCCAUUUAAGAACAAACCCAAGACCCAAGCAAAGGUGGGCAAGGUGCCAAAGGACAGGCUGAGACCAGCCGUCGUACGGGAGCCUCAUGAGAGAAAGAUCCUUGCCCUACUGGAUGCUCUGAGCACAGUGCACAGUCAGAAGAUGAAGAAGGCCAAGGAGCAGCGACAUCUGCAGAGCAAAGAGCACUUCAAGGUGAAGCAGAAGGAGGAAGAGGAGAAACUGAAGCGACAGAAAGACCUCAGGAAGAAACUCUUCCGAAUUCAGGGUCAGAAAGAAAGAAGAAAUCAGAAGUCCAGCCUGAAGGGACCUGAGACGCAAUCCAAGUGAGCUCCAGUCAGAUAGACUCAUUUGCAUCUGCAAAGAUGGAUGGUACUCAUAAAUGACAAGUCAGGGGACAGGAGCCCAAGAAAGACCUCUUUGGUGGCUAUUUCACCCAGACUGCCUGUGAGAGCAGAAAUGAAAACUGCCAGCAGGACACCUGUUCAUUUUCAGCAUCUAGGUUACAUCAAGCAAUAUAAUUUAUGGUUUUCUAGAUUCCCUUACAUUCCUCUUGCCUGUCUCAGUUUAAUUUUUUGUGCUACAAAAAUAUUAAAAUAUUUUCCUGUUAA